AUGAUAAUUCUCCAAACUUCUAUUGUUCCUGGAACCUUCUCAACUUUCCGUACAACAAAAUUUGAUACGUGUUUCUUAUCUUGUUCCACUAUAUCUACCCAUCACAUUGUAAAACCUAUUUCAAUAUCAUGCUCCGUUUCAAGAAACUCUAGUUCAAAACCUGAACCCGAAUAUAAUCCUAGCGCCAAAGUUAGAGCAAAAAACAAGGGAAAAAGUUCCAAACGUGAAGAUAAGGAUGGUGGAAAUUCGGAGGAUAUCUUCCCAACAACGAUUCCAAGGAAGCCAAGGCGCGGUCGUAAAAGUGAGGCUAUGAAAAUUGAAGAUUUUGUACGCGAUAGAUUGGAGAAUACUUUUGCUGCAAUUCGGCAGCAAAAUGGGGAUGCUUUGAAGAAUCAUAACGAUAUAAUGAAGGACAGUGUUGGUGAUGAUGCUAAAGCGAAACGCGAUGAUGAUGAUAGUGAUGAAGAGGAAGAAGAUGAAGAGGGAGAUGGUGGUGAAAAGGAGAUGGUGAUUGAGGAAGAAAGUGAGAGUUGGCCAUUGGAUACGGAUGUUGGGUGGGGAGUUAGAGCUUCAGAGUAUUUUGAGAAGCAUCCAAUCAUGAAUGUUGUGGGAGAUGAUGGUGUUGAAAUUGAUUGGGAAGGGGAAACUGAUGAUAAUUGGGUGCAGGAGAUCAAUUGUUUGGAAUGGGAGAGUUUUGCUUUUCAUCCCAGCCCUUUAAUUGUCCUUGUCUUUGAACGCUAUAACAGGGCAAGUGAUAACUGGAAAAAUUUGAAAGAGCUAGAGAAAGCAAUAAAGGUGUACUGGAGUGCUAAAGAUCGGUUACCUCCCCGGGCGGUUAAGAUAGACAUUAACAUCGAGAGAGACUUGGCUUAUGCCCUCAAAGUUCGAGAAUGUCCACAAAUUUUAUUUUUACGGGGCAAUAAGAUGGUGUACCGGGAAAAAGAACUCAGAACUGCAGAUGAGCUGGUUCAGAUGAUUGCAUUUUUCUAUUACAAUGCAAAGAAGCCUGCAUGGAUAGAUGACAAGGCCUUAUAUUUACGAUAUUAA